GCAGAGGAUGAGGGCAUCCCGAGCACUGCCAUACGAGAGAUCUCGCUUCUGAAAGAGCUACAGCACCCCAACAUUGUCAGGCUUUGUGACGUGAUUCACACGGAACGAAAGUUGACGCUGGUGUUCGAGUAUUUAGAUCAAGACCUCAAGAAGUUGCUGGACAUGUGCGACGGUGGCUUGGACCCUGCAACCACCAAGUCCUUCCUGUAUCAGCUUCUACGAGGUAUUGCGUAUUGUCAUGCGCAUCGGGUCCUGCACCGGGAUCUGAAGCCCCAGAACCUACUGAUCAAUAGGGAAGGCUCGCUCAAGCUAGCCGACUUUGGUUUAGCACGCGCUUUCGGCAUCCCUGUGCGGAGCUACACGCACGAGGUUGUGACUUUGUGGUACCGGGCGCCUGAUGUCCUGAUGGGUUCUCGCAAGUAUUCGACACCUGUAGACAUCUGGUCUGUCGGAUGCAUCUUCGCAGAAAUGGUCAAUGGUCGCCCUCUGUUUCCUGGCGACACAGACGCGAACCAGCUUCAGAAGAUCUUUAAGAUCCUUGGGACUCCGUCAGAGUCUACUUGGCCGACAAUCACAGAGCUUCCGGACUGGAAGCCCGACUUUCAGCA